AUGGGAGGAGUCGCAUCGGAUAUAGAGAUGGCAGACGCCUGCGCUCCAUCCUCGUCCUCAUCCUCAUCAUCUGACCUCUCCCCUCCGCCCACCUACAGCUCAGACUACGAGGGACUUUCCCAAAAAGCCGAGAAAGAUUCUUCCAAAGAGAUUGUCAAAGAGACUGUCGGCUCACCCAGUGCGCGGGACGACCCGGAAUCGGAAGCUAUCAACACACAACUUCCAGGCACAGAUCUUUCUCACAUGGCUCGACGUUCGGCGCGCAACUCGAAUAAGCCCAAGCCCGCGGCUGCUUCCCCGCCAAAAGUCGCCAAGAGAAAACAGCCUACCAAAGUGGUACCCAAGAAGUGGCCAAAAUGGACAACGCAGAAGCUCUUGACGGAUCCCAAGUCGCCGCUUGCCAGCGCGAAUCUGAGAGCGAUACUCUGCCAGCCAGCGGCAUGGGACAUACUUACGAAAGAGGAGCGUGCCGAGAUCGUCAGUCUCUUCCCAGUCGGCACGCGUAUCAUCGACGCCGGCACCGACGAAGCCCGCCCGGACUUUGACGCACUUCGCAAUAACAACAACUUCCGCCACGACUGUGCCACGUACGCCGACAACAUCUCCCAGGGCAGGCACGACCCUGAGUGGCUCGAGCAGGCGUGGAGUGCGCGCGAGCGGCGACGGGCAGGUGACUUUGACGACUACGUUACGCAGAAGUUUGAGGAUGAGUGGUCGUGCAAGCUGCCAGAGGGCUUUAAGCCAAACAGAAGUAGCGAUGCACCAGGCCCCGCUGCGCCUGCGGAAGCUGGAAAGGCCCAUAUCGAGCAGACGGAGGAAACCACCAACCAGACAAAGGGAGAUGUUAUCGACAAGGUCCAGGUGGAAGGAGAAGCCAUCAAACAAGUGACGGAUACGAAGGCUGCGGACACGACGGGUGACGCUAAUACGGCAGAGGAGAACGAUGCGAGAGAAGCACCGGGCGUCGCACUUGGGUCUCCUCUUCCCGAAGACGUCUCAUCAGCAAAGAUUGGCACAGCUAGUACCGAGAUCUCACCCGAAGAGCAGGUGCCAGAAUCCUCAGAGGUUGCAAAAGCCAAGGUAGUUCUGUUCUCUUUCGCGACGCUCAAACGCCCACGGGGCGUGGACGUCAUCAUCAGAGCCCGCGGCAAGAACCUCAAGGCCCUGAGAGCAGAGAUUCUCUCACAUUAUCCCAAGAUGGACCCUACGGCAGCCAGAAGUGCACCUCCGUCUCAAAAAACGGUAGUCCUGCUCGACUCCCUCAACGAGCUCGCCACAGCGGCGCCGCAGAUCCUGCCCAGCUUCCUCUCCAGCAUCAUCAUGCCCGCCGUGUCGCUGGUGGCCGUCUACCACACCGACGUGCCCCUCGUCCUCCCGCGCACGGUGAGCGAGUACGAGCCGCACCCGCUGACGGUGCUCUCCCACCUGGCGACCUCGAUCCUGAGGCUCUCGGGCCUGCGGCAGGAGAUUGAGCGCCAAAAGGCGCGGAACAGGAGUCUGCAGGAGCCCGAGUGGGGGCUGGGGGAAGGGCGAGAGGGCGUUCUCGUCGGGCUCAAGGGCGACGUCAAGUCGGAGGACUAUCACGGCGUCGUGGUCGAAAUGGAGGUCAGAAGGCGUAGCGGGCGGGCCAUGGCGGAGAAGUUCGUGAUUCUGCCACAGAAGGGACAGCAGGCUUCUUCUUCCACCGCUUCUACUGCUGCUGCAAAGGGGUCGAGGAUCUUCCUACUCUCGGAGCACCCCGUUUUCGCUGCCCCUGAGGGUCCUAGAGAGGCAGAAGCAGGUCACGGGGAGGAUGAGGAGCCGGAGAGCACGUUCAACCUGGGUCUCACAGAGAAGCAGCGUAGGGACAGGGAGGGUAUUGUUCUUCCUUACUUUGACGCCCAGACGGAUAUAGGGGCUGGUGAGGGUGGCAGGAUCCUGUAUGAGAUGGGCAGGGAGGAUGAUUUUGACGACGAGGAGGAUGAGAUUUAG